UGUCAUGAGUAAUAAUGUCUACCUAUAUCCUGGGUAUAGACGUGGGCACCACUUCGGUAAAAGCCGUUUUAUUAGAAACUGGCUCCAGGUCGGUGGCUGCGAGUCACGCUUUGACAACUACGUCAGAUAUAAUCGACAAUAGCGGGAUAAAGGCGAAAGAGCAGCACACCGGCCAGAUCAUAGACACUUUGAACCGGUGCAUCGGCCUGCUGCCCGGAGACAAACUGCAGCAUGUCAGCAGCAUCGGGCUGUCCGGACAGAUGCACGGGGUUUUAUUCUGGAAAGGGAAGGGUGGUUGUGAUUGGUCCAACAGGGGCUUCUUCACAGCCGGAGACACCAGUCAGCUGAUCACCUGGCAGGAUGGCCGCUGCAGCAGUCACUUCCUGUCGUCGCUUCCAAAGCCGGACUCACACCUUAGUGUGGCCACAGGAUUCGGCUGUGCCACUAUAUUCUGGUACAUGAGACACAGGCCCGAGUUCCUUGAGGACUUCACAGUAGCGGGCACCAUCCAGGACUACGUGGUGUCCAUGCUGUGUGGUUUGGAUGGGUGUGUGAUGACACCUCAGAAUGCAGCCAGCUGGGGCUUCUUCAACACUUCCUCCAACCAGUGGAAUAUAGACAUUCUGAAGGGUGCCAGCUUCCCCUUGCACCUGCUUCCUCAGUGUGUGCCAUCUGGUGGCUUGGCGGGACAGACGUGCUCUGACUGGCAUGGCAUCCCUGCUGGUACGCCAGUAGGAGCUGCCCUGGGAGACUUCCAGUGCUCUGUCUACUCCUGCAUGAGUGCACGGACAGAUGCAGUUCUUAACAUAAGCACCUCGGCCCAGCUGACCUUCGCCAUGCCAGCUGACUUCAAGCCUCCAGCUUCUCCUCAGCCUGCCUCCUCCAUCUCCUACUUCCCCUAUUUUGAGGACUCAUACUUGGCGGUGGCUGCUUCACUCAACGGAGGGAAUGUGUUGGCCACUUUCGUGGAGAUGCUCACUGCGUGGAUGAAAGAGCUUGGUGCAGAGCUGAGUGAUUCGUGCUUGUAUGAGAAGCUGAUUCACUGCGCCCUGAAUCAGGAAACGAGCGACCUCAGGGUGAGUCCUACCAUCCUGGGAGAGAGACACAACCCUCUCUGCCUGGGUCAUGUGACCAACAUCUCCCCUACCAACCUCUCUCUGGGUCAUUUGACCAGGGCGCUGUGCCGCGGAGUCCUGGACAACAUCACCUCCAUGAUGCCUGCAGAGUGUCUGCAGCAGGCGGGCGUCUGCAGGAUUGUGGGCAGUGGGAGUGCUAUCGCCCGCAAUGAGGUGCUAAGGCAGGAAGUGGAGAAGGCGUUUCCUCAGCCAGUGGUAUAUGGACAAAACGCAGACUCUGCCGUCGGCGUGGCCAUGGUCCUCUGUGACCUACACUGAAUGAGUGAUCCACAAAGGGACCCUGGUCCAUUUACUGAAUGGUAUCACUUUGUUCAAAAAACAGAACCAUAAGGCAAACUGGAAUUCUGUAACAUAACUGUUUUGCUCAGUGGGACUAAAAGCAAAAGCUGUGUUUGUGAGGACAUGGAUCAAACACCUUGUGCAUCCUGUGCCUCACUAUGAGAGGUUUUGACAUUUUUUUGGACCAAAAGAUCAAAGCUACCUAAUAAUUAACAUAGAGACUCAAACUAUGAAUCCCUCUUCAAACAUUUUGCCUCUCUGUGACUGAACAGCUAUAAGGAAUAUGCUGGACUCCAUCUUAACAUUAAGUUGCAUAUUUUUUCAGACAACAUGAAGCCGCAGUAGAGUUUAUAGCAUGAAAUAUUUCAGCAGUUUGAAGUGAUCAAAGAUAAAUGUAGGUUUUGGUGUCGGUGGAGAGCUUUUUUUCAACAGCUGCCUUUUUUGCAAAGGUGCUCAUCAUUCAUCAGAAAUGAUGAAGAGCUGGUUUGUCCAGCAACCUCACUCCAGCACAAUACAGUGCAGCAAAAAAACUCGAGACCAGACAGGACGACAGUCAACAUUUCACGUCAACAAGAACUGAAAACCGCUUCUGUGGCAGUUCCUGCUACUGUAGUUGCCUCCAGGACCACAGUCUGCCAUGAUGACACACACACACACACACACAGAGUCACAAGGUGAAAACAAUCACGGCUGGUUAUUAGCUGUACAAGCUAACUUGGAGAAAAAUCCGAGUGGAUGCAGGGAGGUUCCCAUCUGAACUCCCUCAUCUUCAUGUCACUUCUACAGUGUGUGGCUGCUGAAGGGGUUGAAUCGUGUGUGUGUGUGUGUGUGUGUGGUCUGGCUGUCUUUGGGUUACCUGGCUUCACUGCAUCUAACAUCGGAGAUCCUGGAUAACUGGCUCUGUUAACUCCUGUUCCUCCUCAGCUAUGUGUCAGUCAUGUGAACAAGCAGAGUUUUUAAUUACAAGCCAAUCACAUGCAGCAUCAGGAGAGCCAUGACCCGAGUAUUUAAUAUGAGAUGAAAUGUAACAAUGACACCAGUGGGAAUAUGGUUAUUAUAUAUCCACCAUAUUAUGUACAAUACAAUCAUGCAAGUAGAACAGAAGAAGAAGCUACAGACACAGUAGGAAUAUUAACCACACAGUAAAAGGAGAGCAAUAAUGAUAAGUGAAUUAUAGGUUAAGUUAAAAGUAUAGCUGGUCUGUGCAGAAAAUAAGGCCUGAAGAAAGAAAAUCAAUGUGUGAUGAGAUGUAUCUGGAAAAAAAGGCACUUAUAAUUCACUGAGCUAAUUAACAGUGUGUUUUCUGAUAAAUUAGUCAAUGAGAACACUUAAUUUCCACUAUCUACUUGAGUCUAAAAAGAUGUAAUACUUAAAAGUCGACACUGUCAGGGCUCCUGCGGUGAAUGUAAAACAAAUGUCUGUGUCUACCAUGAAUAUGGAAAACAAAGUGAUUCUACUGAUAUCUCAAAAAUCUUUAUCACUGCUUUACUGUAAGCUUUUGUCCACAUGGGGAUCCUGAAGGAAUUUAGACAGCAUUUGUCCAGGAAGCUGAUUGGCUGUUUUGAUCUGAUCUUCUGAGGUUAACCUGCUCCGGAGCAGGUUAACCGUGCAGCCGAGGUAACCAUGGUGAUCUGCCUUGUUUUAAAGUGAACCAGCGUCAUGACACCAGAAGACCGGAGAUAAGCCCAAAGACAGCUAAUACAAUAAUCGUCGUGAUGCAAGUGAUUUUUUUUCCAUCAAGCUGUAAUUUAGAUGGAUGAUAAGUGCUCUGUCUUUGCUUCAGUCUUCAUCUUCAGCUUUGAAAGUCUCCUGCUCGGAGUGGUUAGAUGUCCUUGAUGGUUGUCAAUUUUUAAUGUUCAUUUUGCUUUAAGCACUUCUCAGCUUUGUUUUUAAGAGGGUGAUCUUAAUUUUAUUAGCCAGUCAAGAAUUUAUGUUGCCUCUGCUGAUGCUGUUUGUCAUUACUGAAUGCUUGUUUCAUGAUCCAGCCUAGUAAGAAUCAUGAAGCUCAAAGUAAUAAUGAAAUAAAGAGACACAUAUUUUAACUGAACUUUUUGGAUGGGCAAGUCAAUGCUGAUGUUUACAAAGAAAAAAGUUGCAUUUAUGAGAAAAUUUAUCAGAUAAGAUUGGACGAUCAUGGCAAACCAGCAUUUCACAUGGAACAUUUCUAGCAGCAGUGAUGGCUUCAUCAUUUUUUGUAAUGGUGAGCAAAUACAGUAAUAAUUCUCCUUGUAAAUACAGUUGUGAAAACACGUGACAUCAGUGUUAUUAGUAUUGCCAGCCAUUCAUUGUAAUAGAUGAACAUUUCAUUGAAAUGACCACAGCUGUGCAUUUAUUUUUCUCCAGAGGACCAGUUGUUCACACCUGAUGUAAUGUUAUUAUGGUACUAAUAAAGCA